AAAAAUGGGCAUGGCGCUGCUCCGUGUCAACAGUGGUUUGGAUUUUCCUCAAAAGUUUUCGCUCCAUAGUCCACACCCCAUUAUUCCUCUCUCAAACUGUAUCUCUACUGUACUACUACAAUUAGAGAGAUUCAAAACCGCUUUCUUUUACCCAUUGGUUUUUCUUCCUACAUUUUUUACUGAAACCAUUUAUCUUACUUAUAUCUCCACUCACCAUUUUCACCAAUGCUUUACUCACACACUUGAAAUAUCCGAACCCUAGUCUCUUCCUUUUUGUCCACAAUUCUCCUACCACUCUGAUCCAACUCUUCAAGAUUACCUUCUUCUCGCGCUUUACUCUCCGAUCGGUUUUAUUGCAUUUUGGCAGUAACCGGUCGGUCGAUCUUAGGUGCAGAUCAUUAAUAUUCAGUUCAUUCCAGGUUUCUUACUCAGUUAUGGCCAGCGAAACAAAUACAGGCUUUUCCAACGGCAAUGGCGAUGCUCAUUCUACUCCACAAAGGACUUACCAGGUUGUGGUUGCUGCAACUCGAAAUAUGGGUAUUGGUAAGGAGGGAAAGUUACCUUGGAGACUGUCUACAGAUCUCAAGUUCUUCAAGGGUAUCACAGGGACUACGUCGGAUCCUACAAAAAAGAAUGCUGUUGUUAUGGGAAGAAAGACUUGGGAAAGUAUUCCUAUUGAACAUCGGCCUCUUCCUGGCCGCCUCAAUGUUGUUCUCACACGUUCAGGGAGUUUUGACAUUGCUACAGCAGAAAAUGUUGUCAUAUGUGGAAGUUUAGGUUCUGCUUUGCAACUAUUGGCCGCCUCACCUUAUGGUCUAUCUAUUGAGAACGUGUUUGUUAUAGGAGGUGGCGAGAUUUUCAGAGAUUCCCUGAAUGCUCAUGGUUGUGAUGCAAUCCAUAUCACUGAAAUUGAGACUGAUAUUGAAUGUGAUACUUUUACUCCUGCUAUUGACACCUCGGUAUUUCAACCCUGGUACUCAUCAUUUCCAGUGGUCGAAAACAAGAUUCGCUACUCUUUUACUACCUAUGUUCGUGUGAAGAAUUCUGGAGUAGAAACUGUUAAUCAGGCAAAUAGUGAGACUCCUGGGAACGGUUCAGAUUCUCUUAGUAUUGAGAUUAAAGCGUUUCCCUUCUUGCCUAAAAUGAUAUUUGAGAAACAUGAAGAAUACUUGUACCUGAGACUGGUUGAAGAGAUCAUCUCGAAUGGCAUGCCAAAGGAUGACAGGACUGGCACCGGUACUUUGUCAAAAUUUGGUUGCCAGAUGAGAUUCAAUUUGCGCAAAUCAUUUCCCCUUCUUACAACAAAGAAAGUUUUUUGGAGAGGUGUCGUUGAAGAACUCCUAUGGUUCAUCAGUGGAUCAACAAGUGCUAAGGUCCUGCAAGAGAAGGGCAUUCAUAUUUGGGAUGGCAAUGCAUCCAGAGAUUAUCUUGAUAGUAUUGGCUUGAAGGAUAGGGAAGAGGGUGAUUUGGGACCAGUAUAUGGGUUUCAGUGGAGACACUUUGGUGCCAGGUACAUUGACAUGCAUACUGACUACAGUGGCCAAGGGUUUGACCAAUUGGCUGAUGUUAUCAACAAAGUUAAAAACAAUCCAGAUGACAGACGUAUUAUUCUUUCAGCUUGGAAUCCUUCUGAUCUUAAACUGAUGGCACUCCCACCUUGUCACAUGUUUGCUCAAUUUUAUGUAGCCAAUGGGGAGUUAUCCUGUCAGAUGUAUCAGCGAUCUGCUGAUAUGGGUUUGGGAGUGCCAUUUAACAUUGCAUCUUAUGCCUUGCUGACAUGCAUUAUAGCUCAUGUUUCUGAUCUAGUUCCUGGUGAUUUUGUCCAUGUCAUUGGAGAUGCUCAUGUUUAUCGUAAUCAUGUCAGACCUCUGCAAGACCAGCUUCAGAAGUUGCCCAGACCUUUCCCAGUGCUGAAGAUCAAUCCGCAGAAAAAGGAUAUAGAUUCCUUUGUUGCUGCUGACUUUAAUCUUGUUGGUUAUGAUCCUCACCAGAAAAUAGAAAUGAAGAUGGCAAUAUGAAGUGCCAUGGAAUCAGUCCUGGAAUUCCUCUGCUCUUACAAUAUGUUGCUUGUAUUUUGAGGCAAGGCAACUGGGGUAUGUCUGAGGAGUUUUUCUGUAAUUUGAAUCUUUACUAGCAUACAUGAGGAGAAAACACUUGCUAAGUAUUAGGAUCUGUGAAUCCUUUAGCUUCAAAUGAUGUUUUCGUGGUUGCUAAGGUGAUUUAGAAUACAAUGACUUUCCUUUUGUCUAUGAGACUUACCUUUUGGGCUUUACCAAUGACUAUGCUGAUACAAUUCUGCAGUUGAACUAAACACUAGAUCCUUUCUGUUGAAUUAUGGCUUAUAUAUUUGCUCAUUUAUCUUUGUAUCA